UCACACCGAUGCGGAUAAUCCCAGUUAGUUCCAGCCUAUCUAUCAGAGCCAUCAGGAGCCGCUUCCCGGCCGGCACUGACAUGAGAGAUUCUAAGCGGGCAAUCAUUCCACCCACUUGACUCGGCCGGGGACUCCACGAGGACACGAACCCACGACUCCCAACCGAAACGCGCGAGUCAUUACGCUUUACGCGCGGACAAGGCGGGCGCACGCCCAUGACCCGAAACGCUCCCCCGUUACUUGCACGGCUUAAAGCGUUUCCUCCCACCUCACGUCGCACCGAGCCUCGCCUCGCCUCAGAUCUCGCCGAGCCGUUGUUAGCUCUAGCUCGACCUCCCCACCUCACCGACGAGCUUCCCUUGUCUCCCUCCAGCAUUUGACUGACCCCAUCCACGCUUGGAUUGGUGGCCGGUGGCGACGCGCCCGGCUACCUAUCUAUUCCUCUGAACUGGUCGCAGCUGUUCGACUGCGCAGUUCCUGGUCCAGCUGCUUUCUCUCUCUCUCUCUCCGUCUGUGUCAAGGGAUGGUCCAGGGAGCCAAGAAGGCUCUGUGCCGCCAUUGAGCAGUGCCUUCGUGCUGCCGAAUUCGUGGUUAUUUUCUGGAUUGGCGUGGUUAGAUGGGUUGCACGGGGUCCAGGCACGCGCUGCGCGGCGGCGUCCGGGGUGGCCGGUCGCCAUACGCGAGGAGCUGCUCCGGGCCGGUCGCCGGGACCGUGCACCACACCGUCGCGCUCAAGUCCUCCACGCUGGGAUCGCUCAGCCUCGACCGCGACGAGGAGAUGAUGAAGUGGCGCGACGAUGGCGGUAUUGGUGCGGCGAAGACGCCGCCGCCGAAGCAGCAGCUGGUCAGGCGGCAGAGGCAAUUGCUGGGCUCGCCGGCCAAGGCGUCAGUCCGCGAGCCUGAGGUGAUCAACGUGUGGGAGCUCAUGGACGGCCUCGACGACAAGGACGAGGAGGGCGACGCUGACGGCGAGGAGCGGUCGGAGAAGUCGGCGCCAGGAUCGCCGGAGUUCGAUCCGGACGUCAUCGCCGCGUUCCGGAAGGCGCCUGAUGAGUUAUCCCCGCCACAGGACAACCCGGGCAACGAGGACGGCGUCAAGAAGCUUGACGGCCCGGACAUCGAGGAGGAGGGCGUGAAGAUCAAGCGCGAGAUACAGAAGUUUCCCGGCAUCGUGCGCGCCCGGGUCAGCGCGUUCCAGCAGAGGAUCGACGCGAAGCUCACCAAGAUGGCGGCACCGCAGCCGCCGGGUCCCCCGCCCCCGCCGGAUAGUGCCCGGAAGGUGGUGCUGUACCUCACCAGCCUCCGCGGCAUCCGCAAGACGUACGAGGAGUGCUGGGCCACGAAAUCCAUCCUCCACGGCUACGGCGUGCGCGUCGACGAGCGGGACCUGUCGAUGCACGCGGGGUUCAAGGACGAACUCCACGCGGCGCUGGGCUCAGCGGGCAAGCUCCCGCAAGUGUUCGCGGACGGCAAGCACCUGGGCAGCGCAGAGGAAGUGCGCCAAAUGCACGAGGCAGGGGAGCUGCCCAAGGCGCUGGAGGCCUGCGAGAUGGCGCCGCCGAGCGCCGCCGGCAAGGGCAUUGCGCUGGAGGCGUGCUCCGGCUGCGGCGGCGUGCGGUUCGUGCCGUGCGAGGAGUGCUCCGGCAGCUGCAAGGUGUUCCUCGAGGAUGUGGGGAGCUUCAGACGGUGCCCCGAGUGCAACGAGAACGGGCUAGUGCGGUGUCCUCUCUGCUCCCUGUGAAAUCUCAGAGUUGCUGUGGGAUUUGUAGUGUGGUCUUGCAGGAUGGCCGAGGAGUGUUCUUCGUUUGUAGUAGUUCAGAUUUGUACAGAGAAGUUAUACGUCUGUUACUUUAGGACUGAUGAAAUAACACGUUGAUUGUAUUUA